GCAGGUGCCGCAACGCCAGCACCCACUGCUGGGUGCCUAGAUAGCCCAGGACUCCGCAGCGGCGAGGACUGGUAUGACGGAUGGAACGGUUGCAGUGCGUACGCUGCGAAUCCAGCGUGGUGUUCGGCUCACGGCAAUACAGAUUAUAAUGGAGAAGGGACGGCUAACUACGCGUGCUGUGUCUGCGGUGGCGGUUUUUGGGCGACUGCCAUGCCGACGUCCAGCCCCACGCCCAGUCCUACGGCCAGCCCGACGCCCAGCCCUACGCUGAGCCCGACGUCCAGCCCCACGGCCAGCCCGACGCCUAGCCCUACGACCAGCCCCACGGCCAGCCCUACGCCGAGCCCGACGUCCACCCGACGGCCAGCCCCACGGCUAGCCCGACGCCUAUCCCUACGGCUGGCCCGACGCCUAGCCCUACGCCGAGCCCGAGUUCCAGCCCCACAGCCACCCCGACUGCUAGCCCGACGCCUAGCCCUACGGCCAUACCAACGCCCAGCCCUACGCCGAGCCCGACGUCCAGUCCCACGGCCGGCCCGACAUCCAGCCCGACGUCUAGCCCUACGGCCGACCCUACGCCCAGCCCUACGCUGA